CGGUGGUGGGCUGGUGGCAAACGGGCGACAGCAAGUUGUUGUGCUCUCAGAUGGCGGUGUGUGGAGAAUUUGUGUGGUGGCGGUGCAAUGCGCAUUUUUUCUUCCCGGCCCCGGGACUCGUCUCUUCCACGGUUAGCCCGCAGCUGGUCGAUCGGCCAUUUUGAGAAUUUUUGGUCGGGGGAAAAGGAAAAAUUCUUUUCCUAUCAAUUUUUUUUAUUGACCAUUUUGUUUAUGUAUUUUCGAGAUUUUAAUCCCUUUACCGAUUCCCGUAAGUCGUCGAUUAAACAAUAAAUUAUGACAGUGCUCGAUCGUUUGCGAAUAUCGCCGUCGUUCCGCCGAACCAGCCUCGUCCGAUUUUGAGGUAAGCCCGUGAUGAUACACUACAAGGCUUGAUUAACUUGGCAGUACAGAGACGGUUUUGAUUAAAACUUAGAGUUGACCGUGCAGCGAACGUUCGGCGCAGCACGCUAAAAAAUCUGCUGUACGUCGUUGGUUAAUGACAACUCGUUCGUUGGGAGCCCUGGAAGGUAAAAAAGCGAACGCAAUGGGCAACGCCGCGACGGCUAACAAGAAAGGCGACUCGGCUGAGAGCGUCAAAGAGUUCCUCGACCAGGCCAAAGAGGACUUCGAGGAGAAGUGGAAAAAGAACCCUACGAAUACGGCGGCCCUUGAAGACUUCGACCGUAUCAAGACGUUGGGUACGGGUUCGUUUGGCCGUGUCAUGAUUGUACAACAUAAGGCUUCCAAGGAGUAUUAUGCUAUGAAAAUACUUGACAAACAGAAAGUGGUGAAGUUGAAACAGGUAGAACACACGUUGAACGAAAAGAGAAUUUUACAAGCAAUUAGUUUCCCGUUCCUCGUCAGUUUGAAAUACCACUUCAAGGACAAUUCCAAUUUAUAUAUGGUGCUUGAAUAUGUGCCGGGAGGUGAAAUGUUCUCUCACCUGCGAAAGGUUGGCCGUUUCAGCGAGCCACAUUCGCGUUUUUACGCGGCUCAAAUAGUGCUAGCAUUCGAGUACCUACACUAUCUUGACCUAAUCUACAGAGAUCUCAAGCCAGAAAACUUGCUGAUCGAUUCGCAGGGCUAUUUGAAAGUGACUGACUUUGGUUUUGCGAAACGUGUCAAAGGGCGAACAUGGACCCUGUGUGGUACGCCUGAAUAUUUGGCGCCCGAAAUUAUAUUAAGCAAGGGAUAUAACAAAGCCGUCGACUGGUGGGCUCUUGGAGUUCUAGUAUACGAGAUGGCUGCUGGUUACCCACCAUUCUUUGCCGACCAACCUAUACAGAUAUACGAGAAAAUUGUCUCGGGCAAAGUACGUUUCCCAUCACAUUUUGGUUCUGACCUAAAAGACCUACUGAGGAACUUGCUGCAAGUGGAUCUAACCAAACGAUUUGGAAACCUGAAGAAUGGUGUCAACGAUAUCAAAGGACACAAGUGGUUUGCAUCAACAGAUUGGAUUGCCGUGUUUCAGAAGAAAAUUGAAGCUCCGUUCAUUCCUAGGUGCAAAGGACCAGGAGAUACAAGCAAUUUUGAUGAAUAUGAGGAAGAAGCAUUGAGAAUCUCUUCAACAGAAAAAUGCGCCAAAGAGUUUGCCGAGUUUUAAGUUCCUAGUGAAGUCACAUUUUAAAUCUCCAAUGUUAAUGCAAUUUUUUGUUCAUGUAAUGUUGACAAAAAAAAAAUUAAAAAUUAUUCUAUGUUCUGAAUGAUUAAAUCUAUUGUGUAAAAUGCUAAAAUGUUGAAAACAAAUUGCAUUUAAAUAAUAUAAUAUUUACUUUUAUGUUUAGUUUAAAUGUAAAGUUUCUUAAAAACAAAUUUGAGUAAUUGUUAAUUUUUGUAUAGACAUUUAAAGAAUUUUUUUUAACUUGUUAUAUGUUAUCUACACUUGGAUAUUUUUGAUGUUUUAUUUGGAAUUCACUAAGAACUAUUCAUUUUGUAUUCUGUUUUGUUUUUCUUUAUACAUAUGUAUGUAUUUAUUUAUUUAUUUUUAUUUUCAUGUCGAGUGCAAUGCUAUAAUGUGUUAAGUGGUUUUUUUUAAUGUAGAAUUCACACUGAAAAUAUACUACAUAAUAUACAAUAAUAAUUAAUAUAAUUAUAAUUAUAGACUUAAACAGUUAACGAUAUUCUAGAUAUUAAUAUUUUAUUAGGUUUCUUUAAAAAAAAAAACCAUUUUGUCCCAUUUAUUAUACCUGUUUGAUACAUAUUGUUAAAUUGGCUUCCCAACAUUUUGUGACAGAAUACUAAUAUCCAUGUAUGUAUUUUUUGUUUAUAUAUAUACUAAGCUCUAACUGAUAUUUCAUUUUUCGUGCGGAGUUCAGGGUAUGUUUCCCGGAGUUAGAAGCAUCUACAUAUUACAACUUGUACUUAACUUAAAAUUAUGUUUUUCUUUAGGUAUCAGUCUUGAAAUGGUGUCAGCUCUUAUGAUUUUAAGUUAUAAUAAAACUAAAAAUAAUUUUAUUAAUAAUCGCUUUACUUAUCUACUUAUUUAUUACACACCUACAGUCUUUUUGUGAUUUCUCCUUAAUUAAUUACAUUAAUUAUGUUUUAUUUUAAUUAUUUGUUUGUCAUUUUGUAAGAAGCACAAUCUAUGAAAUCAUAUUCUUGUUACCAAUAUUUACCAUGUUUAGAUUUUAAAUGUGUAAUAAUUUAAAACUUAGUCUAAAUGAGCAUAAAAGAUCCCUAGUCAGUAUUUCAAACUAAAAUAAUAAUUAUUGUUUUAUAAUCUUUCACUUUAUUAUUGUUUAACUUUUGUUUUUCAAUUGUCUAUUUUUAGUUACAAUUGAUGAGUAUUAUUUUAAAUUAUUAUGUUUUUAUUAUUAUUAAUUGUGAUGUUUUUGUUUUGUGUUUUAACAAAUCAUUAGGCUAUAUGAUAAAAUUAAAAAUAAUAUUUCUAAUAUUUUAGAUGGCAUUUAAUAUUAGGUAUUGUUUGUGUAUGAAUUUAUGUUGGUUUUAUUUAUAUUUUAUUUUGUAGUGUUCUUUUAGAUCUAUCAUAAUAAUAAUUAUUAUUAUAAUACUAUGCUGUAUAUAUAUUAUAUUUUAUUAAAAUUAUUUAAAAAUAA